GUUCGUCAGCAUGGCGUCGAUCCCCCCUGACACCUGGCAGCUGCCCAAAGUCUACCUGGAGACUAGCAUGGGGGUCAUUGUGUUGGAGCUGUACUGGAAGCAUGCGCCGAAGACCUGCAAGAACUUUGCAGAGGUGGCUCGCUGGGGCUACUACAGCGACCCCAAAUUCCACAGGAUCAUCAAGGACUUCAUGAUCCAGGAUGGUGACCCGACAGGGACAGGUCGAGGAGGUGCAUAUCUCUACCGCAAACAGUUUGAGGACGAACUUCACCCAGACCUGAAGUUCACUGGGGCUGGGAUCCUUGCGAUGGCCAAUGCAGGACCAGACACCAAUGGCAGCCA